GCCAUUAGCCAUUUUUCAGUGGUCAUUUGUUUUAUUGUUUUUUCGUACCUUGAUGUGCACAUUUCAAAUUGAAGAUACAAACAAAAAAAAUAGUAAAAGUAAACCAAAGCAAGUCAUACAUUCCGCGCCAAAAAAGAUGUGAAAAAUAUACUAAUACGUAAUUACGAACGAAUGAAGAAAAGAGUUUUUUUAUAUUAUUAUUUUUCAACUUUUCUCUUUGCAAUCGUCUUUUUCACUGGCAAUCAAGGCGGCGGUACUUGCCACUUGUUGCAUGACCGCAUACGAUAAGCUUCAGAUUUAUCUAACAAACUAGUUUUUCAUUACAUUUUUUUUUUGUUUUGUUAUUUUGCCGCUCUUCGGUUGUGCAAAUUACACUCACACAUUCACACAGACGAGUACACAUAUUUUUGUGCUCGUGUGCUCUUUUCUCUAAACUUAAAAGCGCAUUUUUCACUGCUUGUCCACGCCAACAAAGACCUUGCGCUGCGUGUGCAUCGAUGUGUGUGCCAUUUGUUCUUCGGCUGAGUUAUUGACCCCUCCCAAGCGACAUUUUCCAAAUACAAAUUUUUCUCUACUCAAACACAUUUGUAAGUGCGCGUACUUUUCGUGAAGUACUAGUUUCGUGAUACUUACUUGAACGUGCUGACUGUUUGAAAUGGAACGCGAUGAUUACGCCUUGAAUCUCAUCGAGAAAAAUAACCGGCAUGGCGGAGUGGUCAUUGUGCCAGCUGGCGGUAGCGGUCCACAAAGCAGCAGCAAUGUAGCUGGCGCUGUUGCUCCAGUCGGUAUUCUGAAGACACAAAUCGUGCCGGCCCAACCGAAAACCCUGCAACAUUUGCCCAAACGACCUGCGGUGGACUUGGCAUUCCACGAUCUUACAUAUCGCGUAAAGGAAGGCAAUCGUAGCAAUGCCAAAACUAUACUCAAAGGCGUCAGUGGUCGCUUGCGCUCCGGCGAGCUUACAGCUAUUAUGGGACCAUCCGGUGCUGGGAAAAGUACCUUGCUCAAUAUACUCUCCGGCUACAAAACCACAAACAUCGAAGGUGUCGUCACGAUGAAUGGACGCGAACGUAAUCUGAGCAUUUUCCGUAAAUUAUCCGCUUACAUUAUGCAGGAUAAUCAAUUGCACGGCAAUUUAACCGUCCAGGAGGCAAUGACUGUGGCCACGAACUUGAAACUGAGCAGGAAAUUUACAAAAGCGGAAAAGAACUCAAUGAUCGAUGACAUUCUACUCACACUCAGCUUGAGCGAACACCGCAACACCCUAACACGCAAUCUGUCCGGCGGCCAAAAGAAACGUCUGUCCAUCGCUCUAGAACUUGUCAGCAACCCACCGAUUAUGUUCUUCGACGAGCCCACUUCAGGCCUAGACAGUUCGACUUGCUUCCAAUGCAUACACUUGCUCAAGAUGUUAGCGGCUGGCGGUCGUACCAUCAUUUGCACUAUUCAUCAGCCGUCCGCGCGUCUCUUCGAGAUGUUCGAUCAACUCUACACUCUAGCCGAUGGUCAGUGUGUUUACCAGGGCAGCACCAAACAACUGGUACCAUUCUUGUCAACGCUCGGCUUGGAAUGUCCCAGCUAUCACAAUCCGGCGAGUUAUGUAAUUGAGGUGGCUUGCGGUGAGCAUGGCGAUCACACACGCAAAUUGGUCGACGCAAUCGACAAUGGCAAGAAGGACAUACGCACUGUCGCCGACUAUGAAGGCCUGAAAAUGCGUAAUGAUUUGGUGAAGGUGCACAAUUUGAAGGCGAUAUUGGAUAAGAAUGCGAGCUCGACGAAUACGACCAGCGGCAAAUAUGAAGAGAAUCUGACGCUCAAUAACGGUAUUUUGAAUGGUAAUCUGGUCAAUGAUAUUGUGAAGAAUUCGAAUGUGUCGACGACCACAGCGGCGACAGGCACCACCACCGGUGCUGUUGUACCUGUGGUGAGCACGAAUGAGAAGGGUGAUGCGAUGAUCGAUGUGGAGAAGGCGGAUAAUUGCACAACGGCAUUGUUGUCGGAGGAAAUCACUUCGCCCGAACGUUAUCCGACAUCGCAGUUCCAUCAGUUCUGGGUAGUGCUGCGUCGUACGUUGCUCUUCAGUUAUCGUGAUUGGACUCUUAUGUAUUUGCGUUUAUUUGCUCAUCUGCUGGUUGGCUUCCUUAUCGGCGCACUCUACUACGACAUUGGCAAUGAUGGCGCUAAAGUUUUGAGUAACCUGGGUUUCCUGUUCUUCAAUAUGUUGUUCUUGAUGUACACCUCGAUGACCAUAACGAUUCUGUCAUUCCCUCUUGAAAUGCCGGUGCUGCUUAAGGAGAACUUCAAUCGUUGGUAUUCGCUCAAGUCCUACUAUCUGGCCAUUUCUGUUGCUGAUCUGCCCUUUCAAGCAAUAUUCUGCGUCGUCUAUGUGAGCAUCGUUUACUAUUUCACUUCUCAACCGUGGGAGCUGUUCCGCUAUGCUAUGUUCUUGGCCGCUUGCCUGAUGAUUGCAUUCGUUGCUCAGUCGGUGGGUCUUGUUGUUGGUGCGGCUAUGAAUGUGCAAAACGGUGUCUUCUUGGCGCCCGUCAUGUCUGUGCCCUUCCUGCUCUUUUCCGGUUUCUUCGUUUCCUUCGAUGCGAUACCCAUCUAUUUGCGUUGGAUCACUUACCUCUCCUACAUCCGUUACGGUUUCGAAGGCACCGCUCUGGCCACUUAUGGUUAUGGCCGUGAGAAGCUAAAGUGCUUCCAGACCUACUGUCACUUCAAGUCGCCGCUCACCACGUUGGAGGAAUUGGAUAUGGUCGAUGCCAACUUCACACUCGACAUUGUUGCGCUGAUCGUGAUCUUUGUGGUUUUACGUGUUUCAGCGUAUCUCUUCUUGCGCUGGAAGCUGAGGACAACACGAUAAAUGCUUGAGAGUUUUAGGUUUCUUUUUCGUUUUUCUCCGUUGCUGCUAUGAUUUCUUAUGCUUGGAAUAUUUUUUAAGCAUUUGAAAUCCUCGGCAAAAUGUUUUUAUUUCCACACUAUUUUAAUAAGUGAUAAAAUGUAUGUAAACGAAAAGUGAUGUAUUUUGUUGUACGAGUAUGUACAAUUUUAUAAGCAUAAAUUAGGUUAAACUUUACUAGCUGCGUGGAAUGGGUUAAACGAUUAUAAUUGACAAAAAUAUUUGGUCAGCAGCACACACAAAUUGUAAGGGAGCAUAAGUACUUGGAACAAAACGUUUCAAAUGCAUCCCCAAUGCCAAUACGCCAAUUUUUUAUAAAAUCUUAAACACAAAAUAAUGAACAAUUGUUGGAGUCGAAACUAAACCAUAUAUCAUAGAAUAAGCAAUGAAUACUUUGUAUAUAUUUACACAAAUAUAACAACACACAAACGAAAAACGAUUCAAAGUUGCUGAUAUCAAAUGGCAACACAGACCAAAAUCAAAAGUAAUAUUUAAUAAUUACAAAAACAAAGUUAAUGUAAAUAAUUUAAUUGGCUGCUUUUGUAAGCUAAAAAGAAAGUUGAACAAAAAUUUGUUAGAAAAAUCACUUUUUAUUGAUGUGCUGAAUACACUUUUGGAGACAUAUUUUUUGUAAUUUUUUGAAUAUUUACUAUUAAUGACAAAUAUAUACACUUGUAAAAAAAACUUAAUGCGACACGAAAUAUUUAUUCCAAUUAAAACAGCAGGAAAAUUGGUAUUUAAUUGGUAAAUGAGAUUUGCCUAGGAAAACUGAAAUAUAAAAUGUAUCAAAAUCUGUUGCCAGCUCAUUUACGAGGUAUUCUACUGCGUACUUUUUUAUAAAUGGUGUUUUGUGAUAGAUAUAUUUAAUCAUACAUAUUAAGAGUAUUUAUAGGAACUAAAGAGCUUUACAAGCAAUUAAAAAUAUGUGGAAUUUUUGUGUAGUACGAGUAUUGUUUAUUAAAAAGAAAAUUAUAUAUAUUUUGUGGAAACAAAAAAGA